CUCCCUGCUCCCCCUGGUCAGCCUGGAGGUCUGGCUUCCAGUCACCAUGAAGGCUCUCCUGACUCUGGGGCUUCUGCUCCUCUCCGUCACUGUCCAGGGCAAGGUCAUUGAAAGGUGCGAGUUGGCCAGAACUCUGAAAAGACUUGGACUGGACGGCUUUCGGGGAGCCAGCCUGGCAAACUGGAUGUGUUUGGCCAAAUGGGAAAGUGGCUAUAACACACGAGCAACAAACUACAACCGUCCAGACCGAAGCACUGACUAUGGGAUAUUUCAGAUCAAUAGCCACUACUGGUGCAAUGACGGCAAAACCCCAGGAGCAGUUAACGCCUGUCGUAUACCCUGCAAGGCACUGCUGCAAGAUGACAUCACUCAAGCUGUGGCAUGUGCAAAGCAGAUUGUCACUAAGCAGGGCCUCGGAGCCUGGGUGGCAUGGAAAAAACAUUGUCAACACAAAGACCUCACUCAGUAUGUCAAGGGUUGCAGACUGUAACUGAGGAGUUUUCCUUCUCCAGCUCAUUUUGUCUCUUUUUCAUAUUAAGGGAGGAGUAGUUGCAUGAAAGAUCACACCACCAUUCUUUCAAACAAAUAACGUUUCUACAGACGCAGGAACAAGAUACGGUCUUUUCUCUAAGAGGCUUAAUGUUGACUAAUAUGUUUAUUAUUUGAUAUGAAGCCUACAGUCUUUUCAGUUUACAAAUGUAACUAAUGCUGGUGACAAUUUAGCUAAACUCUUGGUUAUCAAAGACAUCUCUGGGAUGUUAAGUUCUUAACCAAUGUCAUAACCCAGACUUAAUCUUGAAUGAUACAAGUACACCCCAAUCGUCCAUAAAAACAGAUAUAAAAACUGUCAAUAACAACAGACCAUCUGAGAACAAAUUGAUCUUAGGCAAAAUUCCAGCUGUGGAGGUUAUCCGAUGUCCUCACCUGUUCAGUCAUCUCUAAAAACAGUCAAACAUAACCACUCUUUGUAGGGCAAUAUAAUAUUUUAAAAGUAGCAGAAUGCCAAAUGGCUAAGUAUGGAUACAGCCUGAAUUAAGAAUUAUGUUUUCACAGAGUGUGACCUUUGGUUGAAAGAUUUUCUUAGAGAUGUUACUUCUAAAUAGCUUUAAAAAUAAACUCACAAUUUAUAUAUCCAUCUAUUUCGCCCUUUAAAGAGCUCUUUCAUGCAUCUUAGUGACCUUGAAGGAAUGUAAAGGAUUAGAUGAGCUGUUGCCGUUGCUUGAUUUCAUUAGCUUAGAUUCACGCAUUAUGACUAAAUCUGGAGGCAGAUGAGUUUGCCACUAUUGAAAUAAUUGCUAAUUAAGCACGGGUGUGAAAUUAUGCAUGUUGUAAAAAAUACAAAGAUUGUCAUUAAAGGCUUUGCAACUCA